AUGGGAAUGUGCCCUAGUGAGGAUGCAAAUGUGUCUAGAGCGGUUAAUUCUGUUAUCGGGGCCAAGACUAGUACAAGGAGGUCCCGUGAGAACCCGCGUCAACCAAGAUCACUUUUCAACUUCGACCCUAUCAGCCAAGCACCUUUUGAAGAAACCAACCUAAGCACAAUGAAGACCAUCCACGCUCUUGGCACUACUGUCAGCACCCUCGCGGAAGUCUCAACGACCCAUGCUGCCAUCGUAACGACACCUGCCGAGAUCGACGCCUUCUACGAUAAGGCCGCCACGAAUUGCACUGGCGUCUCGGUGUUCGUCCGCAUCUUCGCUACUUGUGGCACUGAGAGAACCGAAGACGAGGCCGUCUAUGACGAGAAAGAUGCAAGCAAGACCAUGUUCUGCGUCCCCAACCGGGCCAAGUACCUCGGAGAGGCUAACCUUGAUGAAGACGGGACCGUGACCAUCUACGAUAGCUGCAACACUUCUGCCACACCACACCGCCAGCAACCCGCUUCGAGCUUCGACACCGGCGAGUGCAUUGUCGAUGCUGACGGCGAAUCCAGCGCAAAAUAUUAUUCGGUCGGCCAGCUGAAGCCCACAGCAAGUGCGAGCGCAACUGGGGACGUGAGUGGGUCGACCUCAACCAGCGCUGCGGGCACGCCUUCCACCACGACUUCAGCUCCGGUGACAACCUCAACAGGAUCGACUUCGUCGGCCACGUCGGCUCCGGUUCUUUGCUCGAUUGCAUUUUUACUUGUCAGCACGGCGCUGUCGGUUGUAGUGGCAGUUUGA